UGGGCAGUUCUGUCCAAUGGGUGGAGGACGGGGGCGGAGCUUGGCUGCGUCUGAGGCCUAGCUCGGCUCGGAGCCCCGGGGCCGAGUAACUGCGGCAGGGAGCGGCGAUGAUCGAGCAGCAGAAGCGCAAGGGGCCGGGCCCGGAGCUGGCGCUAGUGGCGGCGGCGGCCAAGCGGCCCCGGCAUGAGCUGCUGCUGGGGCCCGGCCCGGGCGGGGGGCAGCCGCCUCCGGGGGCCCUGCUGCAGGCGGGCCCUCCACGAUGUUCCUCCCUCCAGGCACCCAUAAUGCUGCUCUCGGGACACGAAGGAGAAGUUUACUGUUGCAAGUUUCAUCCUAAUGGAGCCACUUUAGCCUCUGCCGGAUUUGACAGACUCAUCUUGCUGUGGCAUGUGUAUGGGGAUUGUGAUAAUUUUGCCACCCUGAAGGGACACAGUGGAGCAGUUAUGGAGUUGCACUAUAACACUGAUGGCAGCAUGCUUUUCUCAGCAUCCACAGAUAAAACGGUAGCUGUGUGGGAUAGUGAGACUGGAGAAAGAGUGAAAAGGCUGAAGGGGCACACAUCAUUUGUUAACUCCUGUUAUCCAGCAAGGCGGGGACCCCAGCUCGUCUGUACAGGCAGCGAUGAUGGAACAGUAAAGCUGUGGGAUAUUCGUAAAAAAGCUGCUGUUCAGACAUUUCAGAACACUUACCAGGUACUAGCAGUGACCUUCAAUGACACCAGUGAUCAGAUUAUAUCCGGAGGCAUAGACAAUGAUAUCAAGGUAUGGGACCUUCGCCAGAACAAACUAACGUACACAAUGAGAGGGCAUGCUGACUCAGUGACCGGCCUCAGUUUGAGUUCAGAAGGCUCUUACUUGCUUUCCAACGCAAUGGACAACACAGUUCGAAUCUGGGAUGUGCGACCAUUUGCUCCUAAAGAGAGAUGUGUGAAGAUAUUCCAGGGGAAUGUGCAUAAUUUUGAGAAGAAUCUUCUGAGAUGCUCAUGGUCACCAGAUGGGAGUAAAAUAGCAGGCGGAUCAGCAGACAGGUUUGUUUAUGUGUGGGAUACAACCUCCAGGAGAAUUCUCUACAAGCUGCCAGGCCAUGCCGGCUCAGUAAACGAGGUGGCUUUCCAUCCAGAGGAACCAAUUAUACUCUCUGCAUCUAGUGACAAGAGACUGUAUAUGGGAGAGAUCCAGUGAAGAUGAGAAGACUGCUUAAUAUUUGACCUUGACACCUUUGGUUUACAGAAGUAGAAUUGAAUUGCUUCUAACCAAUGCCAGCCCCUUCAGCCACAUGUGGUAAUGGAAAUGGAAAAUGUCAAGCCAGCUUCGUUUGCAGAGCAAUAUUUAUGUCUUAACCAACAAGGCUUCAGAGAAGCUUUAUCUGGAUGCUCCUCCCACGAAGAGAAGAGAGGGGAAUGUUUGGUAGGAAAUGCAUUCGAGUCUAAAAUCGUUGGAAUUUUUAAGAUGCUUCAUGUGUUCCCACUUCCAGCUGCUGAAGAGGUUAUUGGCCAUUACCAGAAUCACUUACAAUGUAUUGUCAAAUGUGUUAAAAUGCAGGAAGUGAUUUGUAUAUUUCCUGUCCGGUUUCUCUUGGUUGUUUUUAUACAGAAAAACUAAAUAGACAACUUUUUAUAAGAAUUGUGACUGGAAUUUAUUGCUCUGUUUUAUUCUUUUGUUGUACAAUAUUAAAUGGGGAAUUUUGCUUUAAUGGAAUCCAGGGAAAGAAUCCACUUAAUCUUCAGAGGAGCUGCUUUAUUUUUUAUUCAGAGCAAUAAAAAUGACCACGCUGGAAAUAAUUA